GAAGAAGCGUCAACCGGCCGCGCCGGUUGCAAGAACAAAGAAUGCAAAGACCAAGGCAUUAAGAUCGCCAAGGGCGAGCUCCGUCACGGCUCCUGGGUGGAUACCGAGCGAUUCCAGAGCUAUGCCUGGCGUCACUGGGGCUGUGUCACCCCCAAGAUCAUCGCCAACAUGAUUGAAACGGUCGGUGAUGCGAAUGAAUCCGGCGAGAGAGAUUACACGGCCUUGGAUGGCUACGAGGAACUCCCUCAGGACGCGCAGGCCAAGGUUCGCAAGGCCCUCGAGCAGGGUCAUGUUGAUGAUGAGGAUUGGAAGGGUGACGUCGAAUUGAACCGCCCUGGAAAGUCGGGAUUCCGGAAGCGUGCGCCCAAGAAGGCGACGGUAUCCGACAGGGCUGAGACGAAGCAAACGCCCAAGCCCAAGAAGUCGGCCUCGGAGAAGCCCACCCCGCAAAGCAGGAAGCGUGCUCGCGCGGAGUCCAAGGAAGGCGCUGAGCCUGAAGCCGACGGGGAUGAGGCCAAGGAGACUCCCAAGCCGAAGAAGCCCAGAAAGAGCAGCACUCCCAAGCCAACACCUGCUGAGAAAGCCGAGGUGAAAGAGGACGAGGGCAAGAGUGAGAGCAAGGCCGAGCCCGAGGCCGAUGGAUCUGAUACUCCUCUCGUCAAGACAACCAAGAAGGGCACCGCUACCAAGAGCAAGCGUGCCAAAGCCGCCGCCGCCUCGCCGCCAGCAGAACCCACCCGGGCUCGUUCCACUCGGGUCAGAGACGCUGCAAAGAAGAAGGAAGAUGCCGCCGCCGCCUCCGCCGCCGCUGAUGGAGAAGCCGAACCCGCCGAGAAGCCCAAGCGGACGUACAAGAAGAAGAAAACUACCUGA